GCGGCAGAGGAGUAUAAAAGCCCCCGGGGAUAUACGUAUAACGCGGCUUCACACUGUCUUCUCUUUCUUGAUCGUGCAAACCUCCACUCAUACCGUCACAAGAUGGCACCAAAGAAGGCCAAGAGGAGGGCAGGAGGAGGAGAAGGUUCCUCCAACGUCUUCUCCAUGUUUGAGCAGAGCCAGAUUCAGGAGUACAAAGAGGCUUUCACAAUCAUUGACCAGAACAGAGACGGUAUCAUCAGCAAAGACGACCUGAGGGACGUGCUGGCCUCAAUGGGCCAGCUGAACGUGAAGAAUGAGGAGCUGGAGGCCAUGAUCAAGGAGGCCAGCGGCCCCAUCAACUUCACUGUCUUCCUCACCAUGUUUGGAGAGAAGCUGAAGGGUGCCGACCCAGAGGACGUCAUUCUCAGUGCCUUCAAGGUGCUGGACCCUGCGGGUACCGGAACCAUCAAGAAGCAAUUCCUUGAGGAGCUCCUGACUACUCAGUGCGACAGGUUCUCCAAAGAGGAGAUUAAGAACAUGUGGGCCGCCUUCCCCCCAGAUGUUGCUGGCAACGUAGACUACAAGAACAUCUGCUACGUCAUCACACACGGAGAGGAGAAGGAGGAGUAAAGAGACAGCGAGAAGACAAGACAGAAAAGCAUGUCUUUGCUAUUGUACCUCCCCAGUCCUUUCUGUCCUCCCUGUCCACCCGCUGUGUAAAACCAUGUGCUCUGCCCUUCAUGUCCAAACCAAAGACUCGUCACAAUGACAUGACAGGGCUGAUGCUCGUGGGCCGUCAAUGUUUGCUUAUGGGGAAUCAGGAUUGUUUUCAAUAAAAUUCCUUUUACAAGCUCUUCUUAUCACCUUCUCUUUGUUUGCUGCCACCUUUGACCUUCUCACCUCUGGCGGUGUUGGUGCAACCCAGCUGACCCCAGUAUCUGAGGGGUCAGACGGGCUCACAAAAACCACACAGGAGGACCUCAUUCCACAUUUUGAAGAUGUUCUCUUGUAAAAGAAACAAAGGUGAGAAGACGGUGGAGCAUCUGAAAGUUCGAGAGGAAAAGUUGCCUCCUCAAAGUGUUGGCAGCUUUUU